GAUCAUAACAAACUGGGAAUCGGGUUGAAAACGCCCGUUAAUCUCAGAAUAUUCAGUCCCUUUGCCGUUGAAAUACACGAACGUAUACAAAGUCACAACACCUCGGGGAAUAGAAAGCGCGAUUCGCUGCUGCUGCUGUUUCCGAUUGCGAAUAGAAGCAGGGUUGAUUUGGGUUGUGAAUGGCGUCAAACGUAGCAGUAGCUGUUGUGCUGGGAAGCCUACUAGCUUUGUGGAGUUGUUCAGUCUUUGCAGCAUUACCAGAUUCAGACACAACAUUCGAGGACAAUGACAAACAUCUCGUCAACCAACUCCAUCUCCUCAACUCCAAUCUCGCCCUUUUAGAAUCAAGGGUUGACGAAAGAGUGCAUGAAUUGAAGCUCAAGGAUGAGAAUAUCGAGCAGCUGGAGAGUAUCAUUCAAGAGAAAUCAACCAGUGUCAAUUCUUUGAAAAACCAAGUCAAAUCACUCCAGGAAGGAGGAUCUUUGGAUGCCAAAUACAAGCUGGUAGAGGCCACUGUACGAGCUGGAGACCUUGAGAAGCAGGUUGACAGCCUUAAGAAGGAACUAGAGACUCAAACCAAAAGAAAAGCAGUCCUGGAAUCCCGUGCAAACUUGGCUGAGAAGAAAAUCCAGGAUCUAAACCACAAACUUGAGAAUCUCCAAAGAAUAAAUGUUGAACAGAAGAACAGGAUUCUUAAAACUGAGCAUGCUAUCCAAGUGGCUGAGGAGGAAAUGGUUAAAGCUAAAUCGGAGGUUGCUGACUUUUCCAAGGAAGUGAGGGAGGUUCAUGAAUCAUGGAUUCCACCAUGGCUUACAGUUCACCUUGCCAACUCUCGGACAUCUUUAAUCACUCUAUGGAAUGAGCAUGCAAGACCAGCUCUUGAAAAGACGAGUCAGACGGCCCUUGAUAAGAAGGUUGAGUUUGAGUAUUGGCUGGCACCUCACAUUGAAAUUGUUAAGACAAUGGGUAACUUUUCUGUGUUAAAGCAUUGGGCUCCUACUGUCAAGGAAAUGUGGUCUGCAUUUGUAACUAACAUCGGACCUAAUGUGCAAUUACUUGCUGAGAAAACUGUCGAGAUAUAUUAUUCAUCCAAGGAAAUUAUUGGACCUCAUGUUGCUGUAGUACAGAAGGCUAUUGAUUCCUACCUUAAGGAAGUAGAGCAAUUCUCAAGGCCAUAUGUAAAUUUAGUUUCAACAACAGUGAAACCUCAUGUCGAUAAGGCACAGGUUAUCUUCAAGCCCUACACAAAAAAGGUCCUUCGAGGAUACCGGAAGUUUAUGAAGGCUGUUGCUGUAUAUCACCGUCAGGUUCGAGCUGUAAUUCAGGAAUUUUUACAAAGCCAUGAUAUUACGAAGGCAGUUGCUACCAAAGAGAUUGUUUGGUAUAUGGCCUCUGCUUUGAUGACUCUUCCAGUUGUCAUCAUUUUCAAUUAUAUAUCAGCAAUAUUCAGUAAAAAACCCAAGAAGCGUGCUCGUCACUCCCACUCCAACCACACACGACGAAGGGCUAAACGCGCACAUUCUGAUAAGUGAGAGUGAAAAAGAUAACAAUGUAUAAUAUAUCAAGUUCAAGGUAUCUUUGACAGAAAGAGUUGCUCCAUUUUUCGUGGUAAUCCAACUUGUUUUUGACUUCAUUGAAGUAACAGAAAGCAGAUCUCCUGUUUCGUUUGGAAUCACACCAUGAAGAAAGGGGAGGGGGGCAUACAUUACGUUUGAAGUUGAAUGUCUAGAAUGAAAUCUGACAGUGGCUUAAAUUCUUACUUGGACAAGAUAAAGUUCAAUCCUAUCCCUGUCUCCGAUUUUUAUGA